UUCCCAAUCAGAAAUUUACGUCAGAUUUUCCAGUCACUCCCACCUUUUAUUGACAUUCUGCUACUGCUGCUCUUCUUCAUGGUUAUCUUUGCUAUCUUGGGUUUUUGUCUCUUCUCUCCAAACAAGGCUGACCCGUACUUCAGCACUCUGGAGAACAGUCUUGUUAGUCUGUUUGUCUUGCUGACUACAGCAAAUUUCCCAGAUGUGAUGAUGCCGUACUCCAACAACCGCUGGUCCUGUGUCUUCUUCAUUGUUUACCUCUCCAUAGAGCUCUACUUCAUAAUGAACCUGCUCCUGGCAGUGGUUGAUACCUUCAACGAUGUUGAGAAGAUGAAGUUUAAAUCACUGCUGCUUCACAAACGCUCUGCAGUCGAUCACGCCUUUCAGCUGUUGGUCAGCCGUCAGAGGCCAAUGGGCGUGUCACUGAAACAGUUUGAUGGUCUGAUGCGUUUUUACAGACCACAUAUGUCUGCUAGAGACCGCUUCCUCACAUAUAAAGCUCUGAACACCUUAGGGGCUCCUAUACUCAGUCUGCAAGACUUUUACAAAUUCUAUGAGGUCAAUGGCCUUAAAUGGAAGGCACGGCGUAGUGGCGAACAUUGGUUUGAUGACCUCCCACACACGACUUUCCUUAUUUUCAAAGGCAUUAACUUGCUGGUGAAAUCAAAAACCUUCCAGUACACCAUGUAUGUAGUGGUGGCCAUUAAUGGGGUGUGGAUCCUUGGGGAGACGUACACACUGAACAGUGGAUUCUCCUGGUCCAGAGUUGUUCCUUGGAGUUACAUUGUAUUCCUUACCAUUUAUGGUGUCGAGGUAUUGUUGAAAAUAACAGGUUUGGGACCAAAGGCUUAUUUCAGCUCUGGUUGGAAUCUGUUUGACUUCUCAGUGACAGUGUUCGCCUUCUUGGGCCUUGUUGCACUUGCCUUCAAUAUGGAGCCGUUCUACUUCAUCGUAGUGCUCAGACCACUUCAGCUGCUCCGGUUGUUUAAAAUAAAGCAGAGGUAUCGCAAUGUGUUGGACACCAUGUUUGAGCUGUUCCCCAGAAUGGCAAGCCUGGGGUUGACCUUAAUUAUCUUCUACUACUCGUUUGCUAUCGUGGGAAUGGAAUUCUUUGCCGACGUGGUCUACCCCAACUGCUGCAACACCAGCACAGUGGCAGAGUCCUACAGACAGUUCAACGUCACCAUUGGCAACAGAACGGUAUUGGGAGGAGGCUACUAUUAUCUGAAUAACUUCAACAAUAUUCUCAGCAGCUUUGUGACUCUGUUUGAGCUGACUGUGGUCAACAACUGGUACAUCACCAUGGAGGUGACCUCUAUGACAAGCCACUGGAGCCGCCUAUAUUUCAUGACUUUUUACAUUGUUACCAUGGUGGUGAUGACCAUUAUUGUGGCUUUCAUUCUGGACGCAUUUGUGUUCCGCAUGAAUUAUAGCCGCAAGAACCAGGAGCCACUGGAGAACCCAGAGGAUGAGAAUGGGAUUGUGUUUGAAGUCGAGGCGAGUCGUGACGAAGCUUUGGCCACUCUGGAGCUCUAUAAACAGACCAGUCCAGGAUCAUCCUCCCUCAGCUCCCUACAGGGAGUUCUACAAGCUAUGGACAGGAGCGGGCUCUCAUCUUGGGUGUACCUUGGUCGGAGGUCUAGGACAAAGAGUGACCUCAGCAUGAAAAUGUAUGAGGAGGAGAUACAGGAGUGGUAUGAGGAGUACUCUAGGGAAAUACUACCUCAACCAGACCAAGCCCUGGUACGGACUGUGGACAGUCCUGUCUCUGACCCGUCACCCUUUCCUGAGCCUCAGCUCAACUCACAGCCUGGAUCUCACAGUAUCAACUGACGCACAGAUCAGUAAGUCUGUUCCAGUUCCUCGCACAAUAACCACGCCCACAGUGGGGAAGUAGUCUGGGUGUCUUGGACGUGAGACAAACAGGAGCUCAUCACCGGCCGUCACCACAGAACUACUGCUCUGUCCCUGAAGGAAUGUGGACCUCCUUUGGCCUUUUCAAAGACAGAAAUUCCAGCUGCAAAUGUGACAGGAACUUUUAUGUUGUGUCAACUUCUGUAGGCUUUUUGUAAUCACUACUCAGUAAAAAAUAAUAACGCUUAAACCUAAUGCAUUAGUUUAUGGCUCAUCUGCUCAGUAUUAACACGGAUAGUAAUUCUAAGUUCUCUACAUGCCAAAAGUGAAGCUCCAACAAAACCUAGUGUAACUAAUGUCUCAACAGACUGAACCUAUUUUACUUUUAUAUAACUUAUUCUGUAAUGGAUUUUAGUCAGCUAUUAAUUUCAAUAAAUUGUUUACUUUGACAAGGUCA